AUGUUUAGUCUAACAAUAAACUCUAAUUUAGAUUUGGAAACAAAUGAUGAUGUGUUUGAAAAUCAUCAAUUUGAAGAAGUUGAUGAAGAUGAUGAACCCGAUGCCAGUCGAAAAAUCAAAAUAAAUACUCCUACUAAUACCUUCGGGCUUUUGGAUGGUAUUAAAUCAAAUCUUUAUAAGGCACUUGAAAAUUAUUUUGAGGUAAUUGAAAAGGAAGCACUUAUUGCAGCACUUUUGGAUCCACGUAAAAAAAAAACAGCAUUUGCAAACAAUGAACAAAAGGAAUGUGAGCCAAAACCAAAAAAAAGAAAAACUUCAACACGAGUUUAUAAAAGAAGCUUGUUCUUAGAUGAUGAAUCUCAUGAUCUUCAGACUGAAGAUAAUGAAGUUGAAUGA